CACAAAUUGAUUCUCUGUGCACCGACUUUUCGUAUCACCGUUUAUAAUUGAGGCAAGUUGGAUUGAUGCGGUUAAAUAAAUAGCAGUGGAAGUUUCAUCCGAGCUCGUCUCGUCUGGUAGACUCGUAGUUCGUGUUCUUUUCAGACGACAAACCCCAAUAAUCUCUAGCUAAAUGGAAGGCCCCAGAAACAGUUUUCUGCCAGAGGACGUGAUUGUGGAUAUUCUGUUGAGGUUGCCUGUGAAGACACUGUCGCAGUUCAAGUGCGUUUGCAAGCAUUGGUGCUCUAUCAUUGGAAGUUCAAGUUUUGUAAACAGUCAUCUUACCCGGGAGCAUAAUCAAGACCGCCUACUUGUUCGACAUUACAAACCAAGGGAGGGGGACAAUGCAUAUGCUUUAUAUUUAGAUGAUACCUUAUCUGCAUAUGAAGAGCCUGAUUACCUGCAGAUUCCUACAUCUGUUUCAUCUCUGAUGGGACCCUUGAAUGGUAUAUUCUGUCUGAUUGGUAUGAUGGGACGAAUUGCUUUAAUGAACCCGGCCUUGAGACAAUUUAGGCCUCUCCCAUCAGUUCCUCCGAAUGUCCAACCUCAUCUAACCACUUAUGAUGAUUUGCUAGGAUUUGGAAUGGACCCAAAUAAUGGAGAUUUCAAGGUAGUUUUAAUUCAAUACUUUUGGAAUGAAGAUACGGAUGUCCCACAUUUUCCUUCUCAGGUUUCUGUUUACAGUUCAUCUAUGGAUUCAUGGAAACAGUUUGAGAAUGCGGAUUUGGUCAAUUCAACUCGAUAUGCAUUUCGUUCUCUGUGUAACACAUACUUGAAUGGAGUUUAUUAUUGGCUGACAGAGUUCAAUGAGACUGAUGUUGCUAUCUUGGCAUUUGACAUGAGCACUGAGAAGUUUCAAGAAAUACAAGUGCCAGAUUGUAUCAAAUCUAAAGAGGGGGACCUUGCUUUAUAUCAAGAUUCAAUAGCUUUACUAUCAUGUGAUCUAGACAAGGAGUUUGACAAGUGUGUCGAUAUAUGGGUAAUGGACAAGGAUGAAUGCUGGACCAAAUAUUUCACAGUAGGCCCUUUUCAAGAGAUCAAAUGGCCCCUUGGUUUCUGGAAGAACAAUGAGCUCUUGUUAGAAACAGGAAGUUCACUUUUGACACUGUACGAUGUCUUCGCCCGGAGAAUUAGAACUGUUGAAUCUCUAAGAAAAGAGAAUGGUUUCUUCAUCUACUGGAUUUUUACUUACAAGGAAAGUCUCGUGUCAAUUAAAGGAGACGGGAACAAGUGCAAGCUUUGGGACGCGUCUUCAGAAAUUGUGAAGGAUUUCUUCAAGUCAUCGUGAAAUGUACCACUAAAUGAAAAAAAAAAUGCAUAUAUAUAUAUACAUAUAUGUUCUUGCCUGAAGUCCGUUUUCUAACUGUAUAAAUUUGUUCAGAUGCAGCAUUUAAUGGAAAAGCUAGCAAAAGGUAUGCAAACCCUCUAAAAAGGUUUGCUGGCUCAACUUCCUUAAUCGUUACAGCUCAAACACUUAAUCUGAUCUUCGAAACAUGCAGUUGAGAUAACUCUUUUAUCGGCUAAUUCUUAGGAUCUUGGUGAAUAUUGGCAUGAAUUUCCUGUCUUGCACCCCUCUAUUGUUCUUUUUAAGUAUAGUUUCUUGUUUCCCCCAACAUUAGGAGAUGCUUUUGUCUUGAAUACUCAUAGCCAUUGAAUCUUCUGCUUCACUGUUGCAAUUAAGUAUGGCUCUUUUUAUGCCCCCUAAUUUAUUCAGGUGGCAUUUUCUUUUAGUCUAUGACUGCCUUGUUUUUACUGUGCAGUGAUUCCGGGGGAAUGUCAUCAUCAACCAUCAUGUUAAUAGUAAAAUUUGGGUUGAAGGGUUGUCUCUGAGGUUGGAAGAAAUUUCUGUCCUGCGGUGGAAAUCUUUUCAACAUGAGUUUCCGGGGCUGGUUUUAAUGUUUGUAGUGCAAAUUUACCAUGAGGUUCAUAAUACCAUCUCUCUCUUACUUUUGCUUUCA